AUGUCCACCUUUAGAAACAACGUCUCUAAAAUCCUCCGCUGUCUCAGUCACUCAAAUGAAGCCCGCACCUCGAGGUCGACGCCGGUCCAUUUGGCCAAAACACUGUUUCAUUCCACCCGAGACAUGUCGCUAUCAAAGAUCUGGAAGAAACGGCUCAACUACCUCGCCAGCAAUGUGCUCGAGUUUGGUUGGGUCGUCGUCAUCUACCUUAUGAGCGAGCUCAUCAUCUGGGGUUUGAGCAGGGCGCUGGCGCCUAUCAAUCUCGAGUUCUUCUCUUCCAUCUUUGGCAUGAUCUUGACCUUUUGCUGCAUGGCUUUCGCCUAUUUGUGCUUCAGCGGUGUUGAUGAUGUAGACUUCAUCAACGUCCAUUUGGGCUUGGGAUUUCCCAUCCCUCUGGUAAUGCUCAACCAGAGCGAUAUUCUCGGCGGCCACGACAUUGCCCGCAUCAUUGGCAACUUUGCGGUGACGAAUCUUGCUUCGUGGGUCAUGGUCUUUGCUUUGUCGCUCCUCGUCAUGACCUUUGCAGCAAGAUGGACCGCACAAGUCCCAGACGACUUCUGCCUCCCCAAAUCUCACACAGAAGCGCCGCCCAGGAUUGAAACCAGCUGGCUCUCUGACUCGACCCUGGAUCAAGUGCCCCAGCCCUUAUUUGGUCGUCGCGAAAAGGUCACGAACCAAGCAACACCCGACCGAGACACUGCCCCUUCCACCACAAUCAGUCAACGAUCAUCCAUCGCUCUCAAGGACCCCGUCGAUGCUUCAUCAGUGUGGCAUCUUUGGACAUCAAACUUUCCUUUGCUCGCCUCCUUCAUGGGUAUCUUCAUCGUCGGCGCACCAAUCGCCGCCGCAGCCAACGAAGACCGCAUUCUCGAUGGGUGUGUUUUGUGGUUCAUAUGGGCACUCACACUACGCCUCCAGCGAGAAGUCAGAACAGCCAAGAUAUGCGCCGACAUGCCCAACCUCAAGAACGCGAUCGUCACGCUUAUGAAUCCUGUUCUGUUCACGACUCUUUUGAUGACGGCAUACACCCGGGCCAAGGCUGGCGCAUACGGGUUCGACAGUCUGUCAAAAGUGCUUGCGGACUUUAGCAGCGGCACCACGCUUUACGUCCUCUGGACUUCGGUGGCAACAGGGACACCUCUUUCGGAUGACCGGACUCCGUGGUUCGGCGCAGGUGAUGCUGCGCUUUCGAUCCUCGAGUGCGGUAUCCUAAUAUGGGGCUUCAAGUUGUACGAGUGCCAGCGUCAGCUAUUCAGCCUAGCUGGAUUGCUGACGGUGAUACUGGCGACAGCCGCUGCAGCCGGCAAUGUCUUUGUAUCUGUUCUCGCAGGAAAUCUUAUCGGUCUUGAUGCCGCUGAAGCGUUAUCAUUCGCUGCGCGAAGCACAACACUGGCGCUUGCAAAGCCAGCGAUGACAGCAUUGGGUGGAAACCUCGGUGUCAACGCCGCCCUUGUUGUGAGCAACGGGAUCUUGGGUCAGCUCUGCUACCCCUUUGUACUGGACAAAUUGGGUGUCAAACGAGAAGACAACCUCAAAUCCGAAAGUGGCCUUUCCGAGUCAGACAGCAGAAGCUCGCGCCUGAGCUUGAAGCCCUUACUCAAGUCAGCCCAGCAAGAUUUGGCAAGCGGCGACGACCCCUUCACCAUUUCCGCAGGCAUCGCCGUCGGCAUCAAUGGCGCAGCCAUGGGUGUCUCAUAUCUUUACGAGACUAAAAGUCGCGCUGCUCCAUACGCUGCUCUCGCAAUGACGGUAUCCGGUGUCAUGACAGUGGUUUUCACAACGGUAGAACCCUUCAAGGAGGCCGUUUUAAACUUGGCCAGAUGA